GAGCAGAGACCAGCUCCCAGGCGGUGGACCUGGCAGAGGGCUUCCUCCUGAGCCAGGCGGAGGAGCAGAAGGAGCAGGUCCAGUUGCAGUCCUUCCCUGUGGAGAUCAGCAUUUCUGAGGGAAAGAGGAUUCCAUCAAAUCCCCCUCAAGAGCUGUUUUUCUGGAGGAUCCCUCAGGAAGAGCCAAGUCAGCACACCUUGGAAGGGAAUCAUAGAAUGACGUUUUCUGGUCCUUACGAUGGAGCUGAAACAGUGGUUGAACCUCCAAAUCAAGAGGGCCUUGUGUCCUUCGAGGAGGUGACUGUGGAUUUCUCUGAGGAGGAGUGGUCUCAUCUGGAUCCUGAACAGACAGCACUGUAUUGGGAAGUCAUGCUGGAAAAUCAUAGGAACAUUGCCUCUCUGGGUAAUAAUGGGCAGGAGAAUCAAGAUUCCUUUGAAAUGUUCCAAGUGAUCAACGCUGGAGAUGGAAUGGAGAAGUCAGCAAUUCGAAAGAAAGUAGAAAGACUUGAAAGAAACCCAUUAAACAACUGGAAUGAAGAAAGUUCAUCUUUCAUUGAUGAUUUGAUGCCAGACUUUCUUGCCCAAGAAGGGCGGGAAAAUAAAUAUGAACACUAUCGAAUCCAAAACAAACAAGAUACUAUAAGCAGAAACAAUGGAAAAAAUUACACUGGGACUUUUUCUCCUGGAAAUAGAUCUCUUAUAUCUCCAAAACAAAUUCACUUACAAGAGAAGCAUUAUGAAUGUGUGGAAUGUGGAAAAAGCUUCAGAACAAGAAGUCAACUUACUUUCCAUAAAAUGAUCCACACAGGACAGAUGCCAUAUAAAUGUGUGUAUUGUGGAAGAGGCUUUCGGUCAUGGGGUGGUCUUUUUUACCAUAAAAGGAUCCACACGGGGGGGAAACUAUAUAAAUGCAUGGAGUGUGGAAAGACCUUUAAUCGGAGCAAUGACCUUACUUCCCAUAAGAUGAUCCACACAGGAGAGAAACCACAUAAAUGCACAGAGUGUGGAAAGGCCUUUACUCACAGGAGUAAACUUGCGAUCCAUGAAAGGAUCCACACGGGGGAGAAGCCAUAUAAAUGCACGGAGUGUGGAAAGACCUUUUCUCAGAAGAGUCAUCUUACAGUCCAUAAAAGAAUUCACACAGGGGAAAGACUAUAUAAAUGCAUGGAGUGCGGAAAGACCUUUGCUCGAAGCAAUGACCUUACUUCUCAUAACUUGAUCCACACAGGGGAGAAACCACAUAAAUGCACGGAGUGUGGAAAGGCCUUUACUCAGAAGAGUCAUCUUACAGUCCAUAAAAGAAUUCACACAGGGGAAAGACUACAUAAAUGCAUGAAGUGCGGAAAGACCUUUACUCGAAGCAGUGACCUUACUUCCCAUAACAUGAUCCACACAGGGGAGAAGCCAUACAAAUGUAUGGAGUGUGGGAAAAUGUUUGCAGAGAGGCGUAAUCUUACUUUCCAUAGCAUGGUCCACUUAGGGAAGAAGCUAUAUGAAUGCAUGGGAAGUGGAAAGGCCUUCGCUUCCAGCAGUCUUCUCCCUUCCCAUAAUAUGAUCCACAGAGGAGAGAAACCACAUAAAUGCAUGGAGUGUGGGAAGGCUUUUGCUCAUAGAAGUAAACUUGCAAUCCAUAAAAGGAACCACACAGGGGAAAAGCCAUAUAAAUGCAUGGAGUGUGGAAAGAACUUUGCUCAUAGAAGUCAACUUACUAAACAUAAGAGGAUUCACACAGGGGAGAGGCCAUAUAAAUGUCUGGAGUGUGGAAAGGCCUUUGCUCAAAGUGGCGGUCUUGUGUCCCAUAAAAGAAUCCAUACAGGGGAGAAGCCAUAUAAAUGCACAGAAUGUGGAAAGACCUUUUCUCAGAGGAGUCAUCUUACAGUCCAUAAAAGAAUUCACACAAGGGAAAGACUAUAUAAAUGCAUGGAGUGUGGAAAGACCUUUGCUCAAAUCAGUGACCUUACUUCCCAUAACAUGAUCCACACAGGAGAAAAACCACAUAAAUGCAUAGAGUGUGGGAAGACCUUUGCUCAUAGGAGUAAACUUGUGAUCCAUAAAAGGAUUCACACGGGGGAGAAGCCAUACAAAUGCAUGGAGUGUGGGAAAAUGUUUGCAGAGAGGAGUAAUCUUACUUCCCAUAGCAUGAUCCACAUAGGGAAGAAGCUACAUGAAUGCAUGGUGUGUGGAAAAGCCUUUGCCCAUAGAAGUCAACUUAAUAAGCACAAUAGGAUCCACACAGGUGAGAAGCCUUAUAAAUGUCUGGAGUGUGGAAAGGCCUUUGCUCAAAGUGGUGGUCUUGUUUCCCAUAAAAGGAUCCAUACAGGGGAGAAGCCAUAUAAAUGCACGGAAUGUGGAAAGACCUUUUCUCAGAGGAGUCAUCUUACAGUCCAUAAAAGAGUUCACACAAGGAAAAGACUAUAUAAAUGCAUGGAGUAUGGAGACAUUUGCCCAAAGCAGUGACAUUACUCCCUGUAACAUGAUCCACACAGGAGAGAAACCACAUAAAUUCAUGGAGUUUGGAAAGACUUUUUCUCAGAAAAGUUAUCUUACGGCCCAGGGCUGCUGCAGCAUGUCUCACGAGGCGAUCUGGUCCUGGAAGUAAAUAGCAAUGGAUGUCAUAGUUGAGCUCCCUGAAAGUGGGAGGAACACUGUCAUUUGGACAGUAAUAGACCUCUUUUCUAAACAAACCCACUUCGUAGCCUACCAAAGCGUUCCAUCUGUCCAGAGGCUGACCAUGCUAUUCCUGCAGCACAUCUAUUGAUUGCACAGGAAGCCAAAGAGAAUUUUUCUCAGAUUGAGGGACCAAUUCACUGUCACGUUUUGGAGGGGGAUAGUAAAGCUGAUAGGAUCCUCCCAAGAGUUUAGCUCUGCAUUUCAUCCAAGUACAAAUGGAGCCAGUGAAUGAGCAAAAACAAUGAUAGAGCAGUACUUGAGAUGCUGUGAUAACUAGUCAGCAGUCUACCUGAGUGGAUCUCCUGCUGUUUGCUGAGAUUACAUACAAUAAUGCAAUACACAGCAGUGUGGGGCAUACCCCAUUCAAAAUAGCCAUGAGGUGGAGUUUAUCCCCAUGCCAGAAUACUCUUGGGAAUCUUUCUCAGUGAGCUUAACAGAAUGGGUGGGUUCUUUGAAGAGCAUGUGGGGAAAUCUAAAACGGGCACUAGCUAGAGCAACGGAGACUCAAAAAGUACAGGCAGACAAGAGGCGGUCACCCCAGAGACUGUUUCACAUUGGAGAGAAAGUGUCUCCACAAAAUACAUUCAACAAAAUUGAAGCUGCUGUGUCAAAAGCUGGGUCCAAAAUGUAUAGAGCCUUUUCCCAUGGUGAAAAUAAUAUACCCAGUGACGGUUAAAGUUAAAACUGCCACACCUAUAGGGAAAAAUAAACCGGGUGUUCCAUUGCAGCUUGCUUAAACCGGUGGUAGGGUCAGAACUGAGGCCAAUAGCCAGGAUAGCUCCAGGUCCAAUCGUCGUGGAAGGGGAGACACAUUGUGCGGUAAAAAGGAUCCUGGAUUCCAGGUUAUACAAAGGCAAAUUCUAAUACUGAAUACAAUGGGAGAGAUAUCCAAUAUCAGAAGCUAGAUGGUGAAAGCACAAAAUAUGAAGGCAGAUUAGUUGAUCAGGAAGUUUCACAAGAACUAUCCCCAGAAACCCAAAUGACCUUCCUAGGGAUAAGGGGAGCCUGAUUUCUCUCUGUGUGUGUGUGUGUGCAUUUUUGAUGUUUUCCAGAUGAUUCUCACUUUCUAGGGGAAUCCGACUGUCAACUUUGAAACUGAUUAGGCUUGCUGCAGCCAUCUUUCUGUUUCUCAGCUUGCCACACAGUGUGGGAGGGGGGAGAUCUGGAAUGUCAGACCAGACACCAACAAUAGAUCAUGGGAAGCAAGGUAAUCUGAACAGGUGGUGGCCAAAGACUACGGGGAGUUGCCUGUGAGACACCAGAACACCUAACUGGGCACUGUGACCUGUGACAAUGAGGGAGGGAGUUUUCUAUUCUUUAGUUAUACUGAAAGUACAGGAAAUAGUUAGACCUGGUUUUGUUUUCAUCCGUGUCAAAAUGAUGUACUCAAUAAAAGUUACUUGAGAAAGUUGAAAGUCUCGGAGUGCUGAAUUGGUUGGGUUCAUUUGACAGAACCUUGUCAGGUGCCACUUACCAUCAUGUUAUCUUGUUCUCGCUCUCAUACAGGAUUGGUCCCAUCUUGGCAGGAGUCAAGAGUUUCCUUCUUACUGAAUGGAGGGGUGAACUCUAUGACUUGUCCCAUGUGAGUUCUCUCCCUUGUCUUUGGUGGAGUCCUCUUUUUAUUUGACUGGAUCUGGGGGGGGGGGGAGAUGGUCGUUGGUCAUGGUACUGACCGCUUGACUGCUCUAUGCCCCUCUUUCCUGCAGUGAAAGCAACCACCCAUUCUCUGGUGGGGUCUCCCCCUUUAGUUGGGAGUGCACCCACUUUCCUCCUAACUUUGCUUCUCAGCUGGGUGCUGGGACCAACCAUCUGGUAUCUUGCGCUUGUGGAAUUCCACUAGCUUGAUCUCUACUUCAGUAGCUAUGCGGUGCCAUGCCUGCAGCUUGCAGGCAGUUCUGAUAUAGCUCCUUAUUCAGUCCUUCAUGGGAGUGGUAGACCGGCAAGUGUUCAGACCACUUUCCCAAGAGACUGGCUACCCAGCAGAAAUCUUGAAUGUACUGUCAUUGGUCACUUCCCUUGCUUCAGGGCACAGAUGCAGGCUUCCGCUGUUGGGCUGCCAUGGGAUCCUUGAACUGCUCCUGCAGGGUUUGCAUGAAUGUGUCAAGGUCGACCAGCUCUGAGGCAUCUUCAUCAUGCUGGGACACCAGCCACUCUUAAGUACUCUUUUCCAGAUUGACUGCCUAAAGGAUCUGGAUCCAAAGGAUCCAAAGCACCUGAGGGCAGAACAAGAAGCAAUUGG